AUGAGGUUGACUAAGGUUUUUAUAGCAUUUUAUUUUAUUUGUGCAGCACAAAGUCAAAUGUCUAAAUUUAGUGCCUUAAAAAAUCAAGAAACGGAAGUGAUUUCAGCCUUUAUUGCAACAAUUUGUGAAGACUUUUUCAUCCAAAAAUCAAUAAAUUUUGACAUAAUCGUUUUUGGAAGUCCAACUGAAAGAAUUAAUGACAUCACUAGUGGAUUUGUUAAGCAUUUAGCUGACCAAUUUCCAAUAAAAUAUUCUUCAAGUCGGAAUUUUGAGGCAAACAUUGAAAAGUCAACAAUAAUUUUGAUGCACAAUCGGCGAGCAUUUCAGAAAUAUCAAAAAAAUCUCAAUUUAGAUCCUGAAAUAAUUUAUAACCUCAAAAUUUUUAUUUACAUCGAUGAAUUUUAUCUGCCAGAAGCUGGACUUGAUAAAGACUUAAAGAAACUUCAUCCAUUUGAGCAUUUUAUCCUCAAUACCAAUCAAGUUCUCUAUUUAUCAACAUUAGUCAUAAAUUGUGAUGAAAAUUAUCUCGGAAUCAUUUACAGCUAUGACAAAAAAAUGAAAACUUUUAUUAAAAAAGUCAAAAAUUACAGUAAUUACAAUUUGCAAGGAUGUCCUUUACUAAUUUUUAGCAAUAUUGGACCAUUGAUUUAUUUUGAAGAUUAUAAUAAAAGAAUCACAAAUACUGGAGAGCCUGAGGGAUACAUGAUUGAUAUUUUUAACAUUCUUGCUAAAAUUUAUGACUUUAAGCCAAUUUAUCAAGUCAAGACUGCAUUGGUCAACGUAGAAUUUGACUUAUUCAAACAUGAUUUUAUUGAUUUUGAAGUCUGUGAACUUACGGAACAAACUAGCUACAUGACAUCAUCAAUACAUCAACGGACUGCUGUCCUUGUUACCAAAAAAGCAACCACUUACAAAUCUUUGCUGCUCGAUUGUCCUUUCAACUUCCACACUUGGGUUGCUGUCAUAACCUCACUUUUUGUAGCUUUUAUUGUGAUUUUCUACAUGAAUUUGAGGUUAGGAGUUGUCAGGAUUCGUCCACGUAAGGAACUCACAAGAUCAGCACUGAAUGUCUUUCAAAUUGUCUUUGGAUGUCCUCAAAAGAAACUUCCACGCGCGAAUUUCGGACGACUUUUUAUUAUUUUAUUUAUUGGACUUUGUCUUGUGCUGAGGAUUUGCUAUUGGAGUCAAUUGGUUGGAUUUAUGACUAUUCGGGUAGAUAAAAUGGAACCGAGAACUGUUGAGGACCUGAUUGUUAAAAACUACACGAUUUAUGGAUGUGGCGAAGACCAAAAGCCGAAAAGUGAAGAAUGGAAUGACAUUAGGUUCAUCAAAGACUGUGAAUAUACAACCACAUUUGUAUGCAAUACUUUGAAGUAUUCGGACGAAAAUGUUUUGUUUCUGGUGAAAAAGGAUGAAGUUCCAAUAAUUCAAAGACUUUGCUCCGUUCAAAUAACUAAAAUUGAAGGUUUAGAUCUGCCAAUGAUCACAUAUACAUUGUCAAUGACAAAAUUUAAUUUUAUUUAUGAACAUUUUCGAAAUAUUAUUGAUAAAUUGUUUCCAGCCGGAAUAACUCAAUAUUUAUUGGAACAGCACAUAAUGAACCAUUCUGGAAGAUAUGAAGAAGUCGAUAAAGAUUUGUAUAAAGGAUUAAAGCUUAGGGAUUUUAAAUGUGAAGAACUAGAACUUGAGACAAUUUUUGUCUUCAGUCCACAAAAGUGUGACCGUCAACAGACCAAACUUUUUAAUUUAUUUACAAAAUCAAGCUUGACUUGGGGCACAACUUUGAAAUCUAUACAAAAAUUUGGCAAUCUUUUUGGAUGUCCAAUCAUGUUUCAAAAUUUAUUUCACAGCAAAUUUUUGUAUUUUAAUGACAAUGACAGGUUCAGGUGUUCAGGAUUUAUGAUUGAUAUGGCUGAGAUAUUGACAAAAAUUGUGAAUUUUGUGCUGAUUUGUGAUCAGCAAAUGAUUGAGGAUAUUCAAAAUGACUUCAUCUCUCAAGGUGAUUUAAACGAUAAUGAUGAUAAAAGAAGCUUGACAAGUCAUCUUGUGGACAAUUCAGUUAUUUUGGCCAUUAAAAAACCUGACAUUCUUAAUUCUGUCUUACUUCUAUCCACAUUCAACUUCCACACCUGGAUUGCUGUCAUAACCUCACUUUUUGUAGCUUUUGUUGUGAUUUUCUACAUGAAUUUGAGGUUAGGAAUUGUCAGGAUUCGUCCACGUAAGGAACUCACAAGACCAGCACUAAAUGUCCUUCAAAUUGUCUUUGGAUGUCCAGAAAAGAAACUUCCGCGCGCGAAUUUUGGAAGAUUUUUGAUUAUUUUAUUUCUUGGACUUUGCCUUGUACUAAGGAUUUUUUAUUGGAGUCAACUUGUUAAGCUUAAAGCUAUUAGAGGAGACAAACUAGGACCAGAGACUGUUAAGGAUCUAGUCGAAGGGAACUACACGAUUUAUUCAUGUUAUCCGCCAUUUUCGAAGGAUAAAAUUCAAUUAGAUUCUGUCCAAAUCGUCGAUCAAUGUGAGGAAUCAACAAAGUUCUUUUGUGACACAUUAAAAAAUUCAGACAAAAAUGUUGGAUUUUUGAUUCUUGUUGAGAAAUUUCCUCUUUAUCAAGCAGCAUGUGAUGAUUUUAUUAUUUUAAAAAAAUUUGAGAUAAAUCGACCAAUGAUAUCGAUGCAUACAAGCUCAUAUAGUGUUAUUUAUGAAACAUUGAAUGAAAUUUUAUGGAAAUUGACACCAGCUGGAAUUCCUCAAUACUUGCUGGCUCAUCACUCAUCGAUUUUUGUGAAUAAAAUUGAACCCCAAAAAUCUAAUGUGAAUGCACCUGAAUAUCCAGAAUCUGAAUGUGAAGCCACCUGA